CACGCCGUCACCGGGAGCUGGACACAGAGAGGGAUCAGCAGGAUCGGGACAAUAGCAUCCGCCACUGCGUCGACGCAUAGUCCGACAUUUCUCUUUGUGCAAACGGACAAAUCGUGAACAUAACGGCGCUGCUGGACACCGGGAGGACGGUAUGGGGGAGCACGCGGCGUUUCUGCUGUUACUCGUGGCGACCUUGACGCUUUCAUCCGAGGUGCCGGAUGAUUACUCGGUGGGUUUGCUAACCGAGCCCCAGGUGGCCAUGUUCUGCGGGAAGCUCAACAUGCACAUCAAUGUGCAGAGCGGCAAAUGGGAGUCCGACCCUUCUGGUACCAAGAGCUGCAUUGGCACCAAGGAGGGCAUCCUGCAGUACUGCCAGGAGGUGUACCCAGAGUUGCAGAUUACAAAUGUUGUGGAGGCCAACCAGCCUGUCAGCAUCUCCAACUGGUGCAAGAAAAGCCGCAGGCAAUGCCGCAGUCACGCACAUAUCGUGGUACCAUACCGCUGUCUUGUAGGAGAGUUUGUGAGCGACGCCCUGCUCGUUCCCGACAAGUGUAAGUUUCUGCACCAGGAGCGUAUGGAUCAAUGCGAGAGCCACCUGUACUGGCACACUGUAGCCAAAGAGUACUGCGGAGACCGCUCCAUGAAUCUCCACGACUACGGGAUGCUGCUGCCAUGUGGUAUAGACCGUUUUCGAGGGGUGGAGUUUGUGUGCUGCCCGGCCUGGGCUGAACGGGAUUCCGACAGCGCACAGCUCGAGGGGGAGGAAUCUGAUGUGUGGUGGGGCGGAGCUGAGAGCGAAUACUCUGAUAACAGCAUGACCCGCCCAACGGACACACAGCUGGCCGCCAGGGAGGAUGACGAGGAUGUGGACGAAGAGGUGGAAACUUUUGAAAGGGAUGACAAUGGAGAUGGAGAGGAAGAUGACGAGGAAGUCGAUAUGAUGGAUGACCGAGAUGGCGAUGAGCCCAACGCUAACAUCGCCAUGACAACAACGACUACCACCACCACUGAGUCAGUUGAAGAGGUCGUUAGAGCGGUUUGUUGGGCUCGUGCUGAGUCAGGUCCAUGUCACGCCAUGCUGGAGCGUUGGUACUUCGUGCCUGAGACGGGCCGCUGCGCCCCCUUCUUGUUUGGGGGCUGUGGGGGCAACAGGAAUAACUUUGAGUCGGAGGAGUACUGCCUCGCUAUCUGCAGCAGCUCGUUGCCAACAAUGGCCCCCAGUCCUCCAGACGCCGUGGAUCGCUACCUGGAAUCACCCGGUGACGACAGCGAACACACAGACUUCCAGAAAGCCAAAGAAAGCCUAGAGGCCAAACACCGUGAAAAGAUGUCACAGGUUAUGAAGGAGUGGGAGGAGGCUGAGAGGCAGGCCAAGAAUUUGCCUCGUGCAGAAAAAAAAGUAGUCAUCCAGAAAUUCCAGAUGAAAGUGGAGGCUUUAGAGCAGGAGGCAGCGGGGGAGAGACAGCAGCUGGUCGAAACCCACAUGGCCCGGGUGGAAGCUCUGCUCAACAGCCGCCGACGCCGGGCUCUCGAAAAUUACCUGAGCGCCCUGCAGGCCAAUCCACCACGGUCCCGUCAGGUUUUGAGCCUGCUGAAGAAAUACAUCCGUGCAGAGCAGAAGGACAGGCAGCACACACUGAAGCAUUACGAGCACGUCCGCACGGUCGAUCCCAAGAAGGCCGCUCAGAUCCGUCCUCAGGUGUUGACUCAUCUUCGUGUGAUUGAUGAGAGGAUGAAUCAGUCAUUGGGUCUGCUCUACAAGGUGCCAAAUGUGGCAAAUGAGAUUCAAAACCAAGUCGCAAUUAUAAUGCAGCGAGUUCAGGCGGAGCUGUCUCAGCAAGUCUCUUCACUGCAGAGCGAUGGUCGGAUGGAUGGCAGGGUGAGUUAUGGUAACGACGCUCUGAUGCCUGAUCAGGCCUACAGCUCGGCUCCUAUGGACGCUGGCCUGGAUGGGCUGGGGUUCAUUCACCCUGAGAGCUUCAACCAGCCCAACACAGAGAACCAUGUUGAACCCGUCGAUGCUCGUCCAAUUCCAGACAGAGGACUCCCCACACGACCUGUGUCUGCCCUGAAGCCGGAGGAGAUGCCAGAAGUGCGGAUGGAGACUGAAGAGAGGCAGAGUGCUGGAUAUGAAGUUUAUCAUGAAAAGCUGGUGUUUUUCGCUGAUGACGCUGGAUCCAAUAAAGGCGCCAUUAUCGGGCUGAUGGUUGGUGGGGUGGUCAUAGCAACAGUCAUCGUCAUCACCUUGGUGAUGCUGAGGAAGAAACAGUACACUUCAAUUCACCACGGUGUGAUCGAGGUGGAUGCAGCUGUGACACCAGAGGAGCGUCACCUGGCCAAGAUGCAGCAGAACGGCUACGAGAAUCCCACCUACAAAUUCUUCGAGCAGAUGCAGAACUAAAGAGCUGCA